AUGUUGCUUGUUCGUUUCUUUGCUCUCCUCUUUGCUACCUUGGGCCUUGUCUCUGCUGCAUCUAUUGCAGCUCCAGUAGAGAAAAGAGACCCUGGGUCUGAGUUUGUGGCCAUUCUCCAAGGACUGUUGGGCAACCUUAAAACAGUCCAACCUCAGCUUGUUACACUUCAACAGACUGGAAAUGCCACAGAAGCUCAAGUGACUCCUCUUGUGAAUGAGGUCACUGGUGCUCUAGGGACUGCAGGUAGUCAGCUCAUGGACCUUCUGAACCCUUUCCAUGGCUUGGGGUUUAAACGUCGCCAAGCUCCAGUCGAUGUCCAGGGCAUUAUCAAUGAAAUUGUGGCUGUCAUUGAGGCAAUUGUCUCCAUUCUUCAAAGCCUUAUCACAGUUCAGAAUAUCGAAACUCUGAUUAUGUUGGUUAACCAAGGGCUCCAGUUGGCUACCACCAUCAUUGGUUUUGUGGGAGCCAUAUUGAAACUGAUCCUGGCCUGA